AUGUCCGCCAUGGCCUCGUUCGUGCGGCCAGUCGUCAUCCUGAGGGCAGCAGCUCGCCCUACACGCCCCUCGCUACCCGCCACCGCCUUUGCCCGCCCCCUCUCCUCCUCGACCUCGUCCUCGUCCUCUCGCCCGGCCCCCUCCUCCUCGGCACCCACCUCGUCCGACCCGCACCCGUACCUGUCGCAGCUCGACCGCGCAGGCGCAACCUCGGGCGGCAGUGGGCCCAACUCGGGCCCGUCCCUCGGGCCCUUCCCGCUCCCUCACCUCGAGCGCGAGGCCCGCAUCCACCAGUCGGGCCAGCAAUGGCGCCAGCUCGGCGCAGGCGCCAAGGCCAAGGUCGCCGCCACCCAGGGCGCGAGCUUUGUCGUCGUCUCGUUCGGCGCCGGCCUCCUCGUCCUCGUCGCCUACGCGUUCGGCAGCGAGCUCUUCUCCGAGGCGAGCCCGACCCGCGUCUUUGAGGACUGCGUCGAGCGCGUCCGAGCAGACCAAGAGCUCAGCACCAUCCUGCCCCCACCCCUGUCGUUCCACGGCUCGUCGUCGUCGACCCGCAUGCGCCGCAACCGCCGCAUCUCGUCGUCCCUGUCGGUCGACCCGCGCACGGGCGCCGAGACCCUCUUCGUCCGCUUCUACGUCGAGGGCACCGACCCGCUCGCGGCCGAGGCCCAGGCGGGCGAGACGUGGCUCGACUGGGCCAAGCGCUGGAUCGGGCCCGCCGUGUGGGAGGACUCGCACCGGCCGGGAGGGUACGCGCCGCGCCUGUCGAACGGCCUCACCGAGGAGGAGGAGGAGCAGCGUCUCGAGCGCGAGCGCAGGAGGGCCGUCGACGCCGAGAGGAGCAAGAGCUGGACUGGGUGGGCGACGAGCAAGGUCGGCGGCGUCGUCGGGAGCAUGUUUGGUGGGCUCGGCGGUUUGAGGAGCGGGCCUGGGGCGGACGGCGACGCGGGCCCGAGCGGGCCGGGCCUGUUCCGCCGGGCGAGGAAGCCUCGGCUCGGCGAGUACACGACGGGCGAGGUCGUCGCCGAGCUGCAGAAGGAUCCGGUGUCGGGCCACUUUGUCUACCAGCAGCUGUUCGUCGCCCUGCCCGACACGCGCACGCCGAACCACUACCGCCACGACAUCGACACAGCGACCGUCAUCCCGUCGCAGGAGAAGGGGCUCGACCGGUUCCGGUUCUGGCAGCGCACCAAGGUCGUCGCGCAAUGAACGUGCUCCUGUGCUCGACUC